UCCCAAUACAUUUAAGUCAACAAACCUUUGGUACCACCAGGACUGAGCACCAGUGAAGCAGGAAGAGGAGGGACUCUUCCUCCUCCAUGAUAUUUCCUCUUUUUCCUGGUGGGAAGGAGGUUGGACUCUUUGCUUGUUCUAGGAGCUCUGACUAUGGGUUGGAGACCUAGAUUCAGGAAACUCAGAUUCCUUUUCAAAUGGCAGCUUCCAGCUUUCCUGGCCAAACCAAGGAUGCUAAUGAUUGUGUUAGCCUCAUGCUCUCUGUCUGGCUCGGGAAACAGUGGGGCAACACAACCUGUCAGGUCGGGGAUUAGGGCAAGAAUGUCUAAUAGAUACUCACUAAGUCACUGGAAAGUGUGUCAACAGGCACGUCUCUGGUGUCUGCCUAAUCCUUUCUGGCAUUUCCCGGGUUAAACGUGAGCUCUGGGCUUCCAGAUGUUCUGACCAGGACCCAGUAGGGCAGGUUUGGGAGUAGAAGCUCCAGUUGGGGCAGAGAGAGGAUACGAGGCCCAGAACUGUCCACUGUUCUCUUUCCCUCUAAGAACCAUGCCUGUCACCCUGUCCCUCAGUCAGGAUGUGGGGACCAUGAGUGAGUAGGUAAAUUCUCUCAUCACCCAAGCAACUCCAGGAAACAGCUCUCUGGCCUGCAGACCUGUUUUUGUUCUCUUCCAAGGCUGAAGCCCAGGAUUAUGGAAUUUUCUCAUCUUCUGCUUUUUUGGGAGGAGCCUUGAAUGGCCACCCUCUCAUCACUCUCCACUGCCAGGCCCUGGUCCCAUAUCACCAUUCUGUCUCCUAGGUGGAAGUGAAGGUGUCUGGUGAGCAGGCUCUUUGAUUUAACACUUUACAACAUUGCAUCUUCCAUUAUUAGAUAUUUAUUGUUGGUGUGCAUGGCCUGGUCUCCCAAUUAGACUGAUUUCCUGGAAAGCAGAGUUUUAGUCUUCAUUUGUAGCUCACGACGUAUAGCAGAUACCGGCUGUUAGAUACUUGUAGAAACAAAUCAAGUCGAGGUCAGCAAUGAAUUUCUGAGUACGUGUGUAUGAAGGAAUCAAAGUACAAAAGUGAAUUUGCUUCUUUGAGACUUCUGUUUACUCCAACGCAAGUGAGCAGAGGAUAAGUGUUUGACUCAACUUCUAAUGGCUUGUUGGCCUCUCUCUGCCCCCCAGCACACCCAGGAGAUGUAACCACAAAGUCAAGUCAUUCGUUUAUAGCAACUCGUCACAAACUUUACAAACUAACAAAUUUACACACUCAAUUAAAGACUGUCAGUCCCAGUCUCUCCCACCUCCUCAUCUCCCCCAGCCCCAGCCACCCUCUCCAGCCAACCUCCCUCCACCCAGUACACACAUGCACCUCAGUUACCUCUACUCCUCUGAAGCCCUAGCUCUUCCCCCUCCCAACCUCCCCACAGACUCAGUCCUGCCACAGGCGUGAAGAAAGAUGCGGGUUUUGGAGGCAGGCAGACCUAAGUUCAGAUUCAGAUCUAUCACUUUCUAGGUACGUGAUUUGGGGUAGCUUACUUAACCUCUCUGUUCCUCAGUUUUUUCAUCUGUAAACUGGAUGUAAUGAUACAUGCUUCAUAGUACCUCAUCUGUAAUACACCUGGCUUGUCACUUCUCUAACUUACUUUCUCUUAGUUACCAAACCUUUCUGGUAAGUUCUAAACCCCUUCAGAUAAGCCUUAGCACAUCAUUCACAGAAGAAAGGUCUUGUCUGCUUAACUCCCUAAUCUAUUGCUCCCCAGCUUCCCCCUCUCAUGCUGACCUUCUCCUAACCCUGACCAGUUACCAUAGCAACCUCUGCCCCCUCCCCCACCCAGGACUGGAGCAUCCAAUCCCCUUGCAGACAGAGCUCUCCCACCAGAGAGCCUGCCACAGCCCCUCUUGCAGUCUGCAUCUCACCCCUCCUUUGUCCCACACUGACCCUUGUGAGGGCUCCAGGGCUGCCCUCGCCAUGCCAGUCACCGCAACCAAGGCCCUUCCUGCACCCUCCCAUCCUGACUGUCAUUGCCUUUCCUGUGUGCUGCAUGCUCACGUGUAAACGAGGAGUAAGAAGACGGCUUUCCUCAUCCAAAGAGUCACUCAAGAAGCUACAUGUACUUUCUGCUACAGCGCUGCUUAGGAGCCCCUUUGGGACUUAGCUUCAGAGCUCAGAAUGCUUCCUUCUCAGCAUCCUCAAGGAUGGUUGUUCUUCAUCCAUGGAGGACAAAUUUGAUGUUUGUAAAGUGCCAAAAGUCACAGAGAGAAGAAUAAGUGGCAGAGUGUUAUAAUAGAGGGAACCGUGGCCCGAGGCUGAGGGGCUCUGGUCCAGCCCCACCCCUCCUUCACUGAGUGGCCACUUCUCCAGAGAGUCUUAUCAUCCUCAUUUAUUAAAGGGGCUUAGCCAUUCAACCUCACAGGGCUGUCAUGAGGAUCCAACGAAAUGAGAUGGCAAUGACAAUCAAAUCAAAUCAAACAGUAAUUACCAUUACUGUUACCCUCUUGGAGACUUUCUCCUGGGACUGCCAGGCUGUAAACUCUGUGAGAGUUGAAACUGCCGCCAUCCUGUUCAAAACUCUAUCCCUCAGGCCUUAGCUCUGUGUCUGAAAUGCAGCAGGCUCUCCAUAAAUAUUUGCUGAUGAGUCGACCAGUUUAGCUCCCUGUCUUUGCAACGAAGGGGUUGUACACAACCACAUUAAGCCUCUUCUCCCAUCAACCACAAAAUGCUAUCUAUCCACAGGAUGGGGGGGGGGGGGGGGGGGUGGGCGGGUAAUUGGCCUUAGUCGUUUUCAUCAAAAAUGAGGCCUAAUCACAAAGAUAUGAGAUUGGAUUUCUUGCAUGUCUCAUAAACUUGGUAUGAAAGGCAAUUCCCAAACAAGAAUUCCAAGAAUGUUCUAAGCAAUUACAACAUCAGCAGGAAAACAUGUAUAGCCUCCAAAGGUGACCCCUUUGAGAAGGAUAACCCUCAAUAGAUGGAUACGUUCUUGAAUCUUUGUAUAAAAAAAAGGAGUCCCAUGACUGUGCAGCCACAUGCAGACAAGGAAUGUUCACCAGGAACCCCAACCUGUGCCGAGCUCUGCUGAGCCCAUCACGUUGAAAGGAGCCUCCUUGUCAUGAGGAGACAGACCAGGGAGAGACGAGGUGGAGAGAGGGCACCAAAUGUGGCAGGAGGGGCCUGCUAAUUAGACACACGCAGGCACGUGUCAGCAGGUGAAACGGAGAAGAAGGGAGGUGGGGCUGGGCUGGGCCGAGCCUGGGAUGAAUCAAGCCUUCCUGUGGGGUGGGGACCUUCCAUCUAAAACAGUAGCCUCGAUUAAAUCCCCUAUAAAAGGUUCCUGCCCCGCUCACCAGGCACGCCACACACCGCUUAACAGCCACUUGCUGCAUCCUGCCUGUGCAUUAGGCAAACCAGGGCAAACCAGAGCCGGCGCUCGUGGGGCAGGAUGCUCUCCUGAAGCAAUCGGCUCUCUCCUCCUGCAGCGGACCUCGAAGCAGUUCCUCUUACUGGGAGGCUGUUGGCAGCCACAGCAGAACCACCCACGUGCCUUCCUGGAUCAGCAAAGCUUGACUCCAAAGAUGCCUCAGUUACUGCGAAACAUUAACGGGAUCAUCGAAGCCUUCGAACGCUACGCCAGGACGGAGGGCGACUGCGCGGUUCUCAGCCGGGGCGAGCUGAAAAGGCUCUUGGAGCAUGAGUUUGCUGACGUCAUCGUGAAACCCCACGAUCCGGCCACUGUGGACGAAGUCCUGCGCCUGCUGGACGAAGAUGACACGGGAACUGUGGAAUUCAAGGAGUUCCUGGUCUUGGUGUUUAAAGUCGCCCAGGCCUGUUUCAAGACACUGAGUGAGAGUCCUGAGGGGGCAUGUGGAUCUCAAGAGUCUGGAAGCCACCCCUCUGGGGCCUCACAAGAGCUGGGGGAAGGACGGAGAAGCAGCACUGAAGUGGGAAGGGUUGGGAAAGGACAGCGUCAUGAGGGGAGCAGUGGUGGACAGAGUGAGCAGGCUUCCAGAGGGCAGGGUGGGACUGGGACUCAGACUCAGGGUCAGGACAUCAGCUCUACUCAGGUCAGUGACCAUGACAAGCAGUCUGAGUCCCAGCGACAGCAGAGAGAGAGCCAGCAGACACAAAGCAGGGGGCAUGUAGAGCAGCCCCAGAGAGUAGGGGAAGACAACGGUCCUCAGACAAGAGAGCUGGGGUCAGAGAGACAGUCGCAGACCAGGGAACAGGACAGAGCCCACCAGACAAGUGAGACCAUGAGUGGAACCAUAACUCAGACCCAGACAGGUGCCACCCAGACCAUGGAGCAGGAAAGGAGCCAUCAGACAGGAAGCACUGGCACCCAGCCCCAGGAGUCCAUGUAUGGCCAGACCAGAAGAACUGAGACCCACAGUCAAGACAGGAGCCAGACCAGCCAGGUAGUGACAGGGGGACAUAUUCAGACACAGGCAGGUACACAGGCAGGGUCACACACACAGACUGUGGAGCAGGACAGGAGCCAUCAGACGGGAAGUACUGGCACCCAGCCCAGGGAGUCCACAUAUGGCCAGACCAGGGGGACUGAAAUCCACGUUCAAGACAGGAGCCAGACAAGCCAGGUAGUGACAGGGGGACACACUCAGACACAGGCAGGGUCACACACCCAGACUGUGGAGCAGGACAGAAACCAAACUUCAAGCCAUAUAGGGUCUAGAGAACAGGGACAGACCCAGACACAGUCAGGCAGUGGUCAAAGAAGGACACAAGUGAGCAACUAUGAGGCAGGAGAGACAGUGCUGGGAGGACAGGCCCAGACUGGGGCAAGCACUCACUCAAGCUGCAGUGUGACAGGAGGGCAGAGAGAGAGAGAGCCCACAGUAGUUAACCAGGAGUGGGUUGAUGACCAGACAAGGACGAUAGUGAUCCAAAGGCAGGACCAGGGGAGCGUGCACACAAGCGUGCCUUCAGCACAGGGCCAGGAGGCAGCCCAGCCAGAAGGGAAGCGAGGCAUCACAGCCAGGGGGCUGUAUUCCUACUUCAAAAGCACCAAGCCCUGAGUGUCCCACCCCUGGACUCCAGUGCCAGGAAGGACACAGCUGGAGAGGAGUUGGCUUGUCCUGCCCUGGCCAGUCCAGUUGGCAUGUUCCUGGACAUCAGCUCUUAAUCAUGGUGCUUCUCUUUUAGGUCUUUCUCAGUGAGACUCUUUGUGCAAGGUGCUUUUAUCCUAAACUCUUCUCUCCUACCUGCUUUGCUGUGCUCCUCUCAGGAGCAGGAAGACAUAGAGCAAGUGAUCCCUUUCUGCUGAAUUCUCCUCAACCUGUCAGAGUUUUCAGAGCUACUUUUUUCUCUGCCAUCUGUCCAUUGCCCCAUCUAUCCUAAUGCAUCAAUAAAGCCUUCCUAAGCAACUAG